GGCACCAUCGCGUUCCCGCGGAGAGGAGAUGCACCGAGGAGCAUGAUGCGAACCUGACCGAGGAUCGGCGCACACACACGGCCUCUGUUGCGCUCGGUAUUAGAGGGCUGAUGGAGGAGCAGGAGGAGAGGACGGAGGAGAAGAUGGGCCACAGGGUGGAGCAGAGGCAGCGCUUCCUUUGUGGUGUCGUGGAAGGAUUCUAUGGCCGACCAUGGUCAAUGGACCAGAGGAAGGUUCUCUUUCAUUGGAUGCAGCAGUGGGGUUUAAACACAUACCUGUAUGGACCAAAGGAUGACCUGAAACACAGACUGUUAUGGAGAGAGGUCUACUCUCACGAGGAGGAAGCUCAAUUGCAGACCUUAAUCGCAGAGGCAGAGUCCCGAGGUCUGAGGUUUGUCUACGCCCUCUCUCCAGGCCAGGACAUUGUCUUCUCAUCGUCUUGUGACAUGACUCUUCUGAAGCGCAAAUUGAAACAAGUGGCAGAUCUGGGCUGUCAGGCGUUCGCUGUCCUGUUCGACGACAUCGAUCACUCCAUGUGUCAGGCUGACAGUGAGGCCUUUUCUUCCUUCGCGCACGCGCAGGUCACAGUCACCAAUGAGAUUUACAAAUACCUGGAGGAACCGCCGGUCUUCCUCUUCUGCCCUACAGAGUACUGUGGGUCGCUGUGUACCCCCAGCGUCUCCAAGUCUCCUUACCUCCAGACAGUUGGUGAAGAUCUGCAUCCAAACAUCACAGUCAUCUGGACAGGUGAUAAGGUGAUCUCUCGGACGCUGUCUAUGGUCGGCCUGGCUGAGGUGGAGGCCAUUCUACAACGUCCCCCACUCAUCUGGGACAACCUGCAUGCAAAUGACUACGACUCCCGCCGUCUCUUCCUGGGCCCUUUUAAAGGACGAGAGCCAGAGCUGAGGGGGCGUCUGAGAGGUCUGCUUCUCAACCCUAACUGUGAAUUUGAAGCCAACUACAUCCCACUGCACACACUGGGAUCGUGGCUGCGAUCGGGAGGAGACGGCAGCACUGAUGAGGAAGGUGCCUAUUGUGAUGAAGGAGCCCUCACUGCAGCUCUAAGAGAUUGGAUGGAAGAACUCAGCCAACCUUUACAAGCAGGUCGACAGAGUUCUCGAUCGGAUCAGCGCUACUCAGCACCAACAUAUCGCACCAGAGCCCACGACAAAUCGGACCACCCCUCCUGCGUUAGAGCCGCCCCUGUGGUGGAUAAACUCCCUGUCUUCCCUCUCAACUCCUGCUCCCCGCCCCCGUCACCCACGAAAGAUAAGGAAGAAAUAGAGAAGAAGAAGUCAGUCCAGUCCACUCAGCAAACCCCUGGAUUCAGACCUGGACCCCCGACGGUGGGAGGAAGAGGUCAGAAGACCCAGGGUCGAGGCCUGUGUGGUGGGAAGGGUCAACUGAGCGAGUCUCAGGUGCGGCUGCUGGUGGGAUUUCAUUACCUGCCGCAUGAGCACGGGUCGUCGGCUCAGAAGCUGCUGCAGGAUCUGACCUGGCUGAAGAGCAACUGCCACCUUGUCUGUGCCAACGGGAAGAAGAGCCAGGCUCAGAAGGUGGAGGAGUGGCGGGGUCGCGCCUCCAGGUUCCUGUCUCUGUGUGACGACAUUGCGCAGCUCCACUGCAGCGUGGUGGGCGGAGCCAACAGAGCAGUGCUCUAUGAUCUCUACCCGUAUGUGUGGGAUCUGAGGAACACAGCUCUCGUGGCUAAGGCCUUCAUCUACUGGCUGGAUGGUCGAGUGCUGAGUGACAGCGCCACCAUGGGCUCCUGGAGGAACUGUUUUCACUGGUGUGGGAAGGCGACUGGGGCGGAGCUGCUGGGAGGGGACUCUGAGCCCUGGGUCUUUAAAGGCGGUGUGUCCGGAGAGGUGCAGAUGCUUCUUCCAAUAGGUGGCAACAGUGAGCUCUUCACGCACCCGCCGCCUCUCUUCCCUACCUCUCGUCUCUACAACAUCAGGCCUUACCACAGCAAAGACAAGGUCGAGUUGUACCGGAUGGUGCGCCAGCUUCACCUGAGGACACAAGGGGGUCCUGAGUCCGGCACUACACACCCAGAUAUUAUUGGCGACAGGUGUCUGGGUCCCUGUCUGGCCUUGUGUCCGGAGUACAGCUUCAUUUUGGAGGACGAGUUGGGUGUGUGUGGCUGUGUUUUGGGCGUUUUGGAUGUUCGCUCAUUUGCCAAGAGGUGCCAGGCUACCUGGCUGCCUGCCAUGAGGGACAAGUACCCAUCAAGAGCCAACACACAUUCCAACGUGCCGGACCUGAUCCAGCUGAUGGAGGAAGACCAGGGAGAGUACCCCGACUCCCUUCUUUACCACUUCCCCUCCCAGCUCAGGCUGGAUGCCUUGCCGGAGCUGGUGGACAUCAGUGUCAGCCGUACGCUGCUCACCGCGCUCCUCACUGCGCUCAAGGCCAACGGUUCUCAGGGUGUGUUCUGUGAGGUCCAGCCCACUGACCGUCAGAGGCUGGAGUUCUUGACCAAGCUGGGUUUCCUGGAGAUCCUGAGAGGAGAAGCGCGCAACAGAGAGGGCGUGGUUAUGGGGAGGCUGCUGUGAAAACACAAACACACAUGUACACACACUCACCCACACACUCACACACAGGGGGAGGUUGAAGAGCCAAGGUCAAAUCGCACUUCAGAUCUCAUAUCGAUAUGAUCCAGACAGGAAAACUUACUAUGAACUUAAGUGAAUUUCUCAGAGUCAGUGGCGCUGUGGUGCAGCGGUUUCGGGGCCAUAUAUCUUUUCUCACCACUUUAGUGCAUAUCAGAGGCCUUUCAAGUGUUUAUUAAACUGCGGUUGAAUUUAUUAUCAAAUUUCCAUCUCAGCAUUUAUGGCAAUAAUGUACAAGUCAUAGUAGAGAAAAGAGCAAUACAUAAGAAAAAAAAUCAAUAAUACCUUGUGCACUUCUGACCUUGACGCUGAGUUCUGCUUUCACCUCCAAGAGUAGUUUUGGACUGCUGUGUUUGCAGGUUAGUUGUAAUGAAACUUUAUGUGCAUGAAGAGUUCUUUACAGAACAAAAAUAGGAUGAAACUGAGAAAACAGCAUGACAGUUCAAUGAAAAAAAGAUGUUUUUUUUUUUUUGUUUUAGGCUGACUAGAGAGUGUUAACGUUAGCACUUACAUACCAACAAAAAGAAAUGCAAUCCUGCACACUCAUACAUAGCGCUUGGGUCCUCACCGUUAGGUAACACAUGCAUGCCUGUAUGUGUGCUUGUAUGUGUGCGAGCGCGUGUGUAUGUGUGUGUUUGUGCGCAUGAAAAAGUAUACACUCUAACGAAGCACAACUUCAACUAAAGUCUGUUAAACCGAGAAUGUUCAUUUUUAUAUUUCAACUGUUUAUAUUUUACUUACUGUUACUUAUUAAUAUGAGAAUUAUGAUUUAUUAACUUUACUAUGCUUGGUCUGAUAUUCAGUCGAUUUUCUACUCUUUCUUAACAGCAACAAUUUAGCGUGGAAAUAUAAAGUCACCGCAAGUGUGCCACAAUGUGUACCAAUAAGAUGAAAUAAAUGCAGAAGUGGGAAAUAGGAGUUACUAUAAUUCGUAAGCACAUGGAUGUGUUGACAUGUAUUUUUUUUCUUCAACUUAGAUUUCAAGUGUUUUUCAGUCUCUGCCCAAGAAGUUAGAAAGAACAAGACAAGAAAUUAUUUUUACUGCGCAAUGUAUUUUCCCCCCCAAUUUCACCAACAAACAAUAGGAUUGCUUGCUUCCAAACACGCAUCAAUUUCUUCAGUGGUAGAUUCCUUCGUAGUAAUUUCUAUUUACAAUUCAACAUUUAAUUCUGUUGGAUCUUCCAAAUGGUGGCACUCUUGUUAAUCCAAAGUAGGAUUAGUUUAAUGGAAGUAAAAAAAAAAAAAAAAAACAGUAGUCAAUUUUUCAAGCUUCUCUCUGUUGAAUGACGUUUCUUAAAAUUGAAACAAAAACAUAUGAUUUGAAUUACAAAAUUAAAUUAUUCCAUAACAUCUGAAUAUGAGAUCAAAUGCCGAUAUUCUGGAAAGAAAUAAGUACAUUAAGUCAUGUAAAAUUAUUUGAUGUGAAAGCUCUCAUCUUAAUUUGAGUCACUUCGGCGCGCGGUACGUUCAGAUUCAAACUCCAGAAGAAAACGGCUCACCUCGAAUGUCCUCCAGGUGGCAGUGUUGAACUCCUCCAGGAUUUAAUGUGUUACUGUCAAUCACGUGACACUAAAAAUACUGCCCGUGUAAAGGACAACUUGAUAUGAAUGAAGAUUAAGUCAUUUUUUUCGCAUUGUUGUCAUCACAAUAAAACAAUUUGACUCAUUUAUGAUGAAUU